CUCUGGGGAAGGGAACUUCCGCUUUGGACGGAGGGCAGCAGGCUCCCGGCUCCUGGUCCCACUGCUGCUCACCCCAGCGGCAUCACAGGACACCGGCUUCCCAGGCUCCGACCACCAGGUGAAUGUGUGCUGCCUAACAAGAGCCGCAAGCAUCAUGGUGGUAAAAAGCCACCUUCACCGAACACUGACCACGUGCCUACCACUACUCUUAGCGUGUCCCAUGCGUUAGUCCUUUUAUCAGGCUGUCUGGCCUCAACGUUUAUGUUUUAACCACCAGGAGACAUCUGACACAGUAUGAUGAUGAAGAUCCUGUGGGGCAGCAUCCCAGUACUGACGUUGCUCCUACUCCUGGGUCUACUCGAUGUCUCCUGGGCCCAGGGCAGCUGCACCGGGCCCCCAGCCAUCCCUGGCACCCCGGGUAUCCCUGGGACACCUGGCUCCGAUGGCCAACCUGGGACCCCAGGGAUAAAAGGAGAGAAAGGGCUUCCAGGGCUGGCUGGAGACCAUGGUGAGUUCGGAGAGAAGGGAGACCCAGGGAUUCCUGGGAAUCCAGGAAAAGUCGGCCCCAAGGGCCCCAUGGGCCCUAAAGGUGGCCCAGGGGCCCCUGGAGCCCCAGGCCCCAAAGGUGAAUCGGGAGACUACAAGGCCACCCAGAAAAUCGCCUUCUCUGCCACAAGAACCAUCAACAACCUCCUGCGCCGGGACCAGACCAUCCGCUUCGACCACGUGAUCACCAACAUGAACAACAACUACGAGCCCCGCAGUGGCAAGUUCACCUGCAGGGUGCCCGGCCUCUACUACUUCACCUACCAUGCCAGCUCUCGAGGGAACCUGUGUGUGAAGCUCAUGCGUGGCCGGGAGCGCCCACAGAAGGUGGUCACCUUCUGCGACUACGCCUACAACACCUUCCAGGUCACCACCGGCGGCAUGGUCCUCAAGCUGGAGCAGGGGGAGAACGUCUUUCUGCAGGCCACCGACAAGAACUCACUACUGGGCUUGGAGGGUGCCAACAGCAUCUUCUCUGGGUUCCUGCUCUUUCCAGAUGUGGAGGCCUGACCUGUGGGCUGCUUCACACCCACCUCGGCGCCCCCAUCCAGCAACGCUUACUCUAUCCCCAACACCAACCCUUGCCCAGCCAAUGCACACAGUGGGGCUUGGUGAAUGUUGCUGAGUGAAUGAGUAAAUAAACUCUUCAAGGCCAAGGGA